AUUCUUUAUAUAGCUGGUGCAGUAGCAGGGAAUGUGUCACCUGCACGAGCAGACGAAAAUAUGGUUACAGUUGAGUCCUUGCAGUAUGAAUGGGAAGCUCUCAAGGCUGCCACUAAGAACUUCUCUAUAGAUCAUAAGAUUGGUCAAGGGGGAUUUGGUGCUGUCUACAAGGGAACCUUACUAAAAGGACAAGAAAUCGCGGUGAAAAGGCUAUCAAGCGGCUCUUGCCAAGGUGAUAGAGAAUUCAAGAAUGAAGUUGCACUGUUAGCCAAGCUUCAACAUAGAAAUUUGGUGAAGUUAGAGGGGUUUUGUUUGACAAAAGAGGAGGAGAAGUUACUUGUAUACGAGUAUGUUCCUAACAGAAGUCUUGACUACAUCCUCUUUGAUUCUGAAAAACAAAGACAAUUAGAUUGGCCAAAGCGUUUUGAUAUUAUAAAAGGUGUUGCUCGAGGAAUGCUAUACCUCCAUGAAGACUCUCCCAUCCGAAUCAUCCAUCGUGAUCUUAAAGCAUCCAAUGUCUUGUUAGACGCGGAUAUGCAUCCUAAAAUUGCAGAUUUUGGCAUGGCAAGGAUCUUCGAUGAGCAAACUUAUUGCCAUACAAGCAGAGUUGUCGGAACUUAUGGUUAUAUGGCUCCAGAGUAUUUAAUCCAUGGACAAUUCAAUGUAAAAUCAGAUAUAUACAGCUUUGGUGUGCUGAUUUUGGAGAUUGUAAGUGGGAAACAGAUUAGUGCUAUGAUCUAUCAAUCCGGCGUGCCUGAAAACCUUCUAAGCUAUGGAUGGAAAUGUUGGAGAGAUGGAAGAUCAUUGGAGUUCAUGGAUCCAACACUAAGAGACUCGUACUCGAAUGGCGAAAUCACGCGGUGCAUACAUCUCGGCUUGUUAUGUGUCCAAGAGGAGAUGAGGAAGAGACCUAGCAUGUCAAAUAUAGUCCUUAUGCUCAACUCUAACUUCUCUGUUGGUGCUAUGUCGACGCCUCAACCUCCAGCUUUCAUGUAUAGUGGAAAUACAGAUCAAUCAACAACGACUAACACAACUUCAAUGCCAUGGUCUAGUGGAACAUCAACCAAUGACUCGAAUACCAUGUUAUAAGAAGAAAUACAAUGAUAGGGCGUCACCAAAUGCUUUCUGAUCUUGGAGUUACCCCUAUUGCAAAAAUAUAUGGGGUUUCACAAUCACGAGAAACUCGGUAGCUUCAUAUAGUUUUCCUUGUGAGAAUGUCAAAUUUUUGCUUCGUAUGCUGAGUUUGAGAAAUGAUAUAAGUUUUGCUUCUUAUCACCAAAAUGUGUUUUAUGCAUAAAUGUAAUUAACUCCAAAAUAUGUAGAGAUCAAAGUACAUAUAAGGAACUAAUUUUAAAUUCGAAGCUCACAUAAAUUGUAUAAAGAUUUAUUGAAAUUAAUAAUCAUAAACUCACUCUAAUAAAUUUAUAGUGUCACCUUCAGCAAUAUGCCUCCAAAUCAUACUUGCCAAGUGGCGGAUCUUAGGCCGAAAAACAAAUGCGAGCAAGUUUUAAAUUCCCGACCUAGGCAAAUCAUACUUGCCAAGUAGCGAAUCUUAGGCCCAA